AUGGAUACUUCAAACCCACUUUUUUAUUUAUUGUUUAAAAGAGAUGAUGAUGAAUCUUCGGCCCCAUCACAAUGUCCUACAGAAAAUGAUUUUGAUGGAAAGACUAACUUAAGAAUUUUAUCUAUCUUUAUAAUUCUAAUCUCAUCAGCUCUUGGUGCUUUUUUUCCUAUUCUUUCAUCUAGAUAUUCCUUUGUCAGAUUGCCUAAUUGGUGUUUCUUUAUAGCAAAAUUUUUUGGGUCUGGUGUUAUUGUAGCAACAGCAUUUAUUCAUUUGUUACAACCCGCGAAUGAGGCGUUGAGUAAUGAUUGUUUAGGUGGUACAUUAGCAGAAUAUCCAUGGGCUUUUGGUAUUUGUUUGAUGUCUCUAUUUUUACUUUUCUUAGUAGAAAUUGUUAGUCAUUAUCUAAUCGAAGGUGCAUUCCAUGAAGAAGAAUCGACAGUAGAUGAUGAUAAAAAACUGUUAGAUGAUUCUGAUAAUGAAGAUUUGGCUGACAAAGGAAAGGUAUUUGUUCGUGAUGUAAAAUUAAAUCAUAAUGAUGUGGAGAAUAAACCUGAACAGCAGUCUAAAAGAGUUUUUACAGCAAUUCCCGGUGAAGGUCAUUAUGAUCAUCAAAAAAAUCAUCAAGAUUUAAGUCAAAUAGGGACACCUUUGCAGGAAGAUGAUAAGGAAAAUUAUUCAUCCCAAAUUUUGGCAGUGUUGUUUUUAGAAUUUGGUAUUAUUUUCCAUUCUGUUUUCAUUGGAUUGUCAUUAGCUGUGUCUGGUGAUGAAUUUGAAACAUUAUUUAUUGUUCUUGUUUUCCAUCAAAUGUUUGAAGGUUUGGGUUUAGGAACAAGAAUUGCAGAAACUAAUUGGCCAAAAAGCAAAAGAUUUACACCAUGGUUGAUGGCAUUGGCAUUUUCUUUGACUACACCUAUUGCAGUGGCUAUUGGUAUUGGCGUUAGACAUUCUUUUAUUCCUGGAUCCAGAAAGGCAUUAAUUUCAAAUGGUGUCUUUGAUUCUAUUUCUUCAGGUAUAUUGAUUUAUACAGGUUUGGUAGAAUUAAUGGCCCAUGAGUUUUUAUUCUCUAAUGAAUUUAAAGGUCGUGAAGGUUUUAAGAAAAUGGUAGUUGCAUAUAUUAUCAUGUGUUGUGGUACAGGUUUAAUGGCUUUAUUGGGUAAAUGGGCCUGA